AAACUCUCUCUGGAAACGAAGCAACUGUCAACAGCAUUCUCCUCAGAUCUAGACCGCCGCGCCUCAGAUCGUCUAAAUCCACCAUGUCUUCCACUUUCAGCGGUGACGAAACGGCUCCUUUCUUCGGCUUCCUCGGUGCCGCCGCUGCUCUCGUCUUCUCCUGUAUGGGAGCUGCAUAUGGGACUGCUAAGAGCGGUGUUGGUGUUGCUUCAAUGGGUGUGAUGAGGCCUGAGUUGGUGAUGAAAUCUAUUGUUCCAGUUGUUAUGGCUGGUGUUUUGGGUAUUUACGGGUUGAUUAUUGCUGUCAUUAUUAGUACUGGUAUCAAUCCUAAGGCGAAAUCAUAUUACCUUUUUGAUGGAUAUGCCCACCUUUCCUCUGGUCUUGCGUGUGGCCUUGCUGGCCUAUCUGCAGGAAUGGCAAUUGGAAUUGUUGGUGAUGCUGGUGUCAGAGCUAAUGCACAGCAGCCAAAACUGUUUGUUGGAAUGAUCCUUAUCCUCAUCUUUGCUGAAGCUUUGGCUCUUUAUGGCCUUAUCGUCGGCAUCAUCUUGUCUUCUCGAGCCGGCCAAUCUAGAGCAGAAUGAGAUGGUUGCAGAGCUGUUCCGGUGAUGUUUUAUUGUUUAUCGUAUAAUUUAACGAGGAAAGAGUAUCGUGUAUGGUCGGGUUAAUGAUGAUUGGACAUCGAAUGCGGGGUUCACAUUAAUAUUGAUGAAAACAACAACUUGAGCAGUCAUAUGGUAGUUUCUCCUUCCUCUUUGUAGAAGUAGAAUUGAGUUUAUUCUCUUAACAAAACGUUGUGGAGCGUUUCCCUGUUUGAUUU